CAUGAAGGACAGAGUAUAUGUACCCAGCCAUAGGUUGUCUUAUUAGAAGACUUGAUGUCUCUGUAGUCCACAGCUGCUCCACGCUUUCUGGUUGUGGAUAAAGGAGAUGCCUGGAAACCUGUGAGCGCUUUUUAUUUCUUUUUUGUUUGUUUCCUUGUUGCACCUGAAGCCCAAAUAAAAGCUCUUGUCCCAGGAUUUAACUGGAAUAUGCGCCUUUUUUGCUCUAAGAGACAAUCUGCUGCAGACACAAAGAUAGAAAGAACCACAUGCGCUGUUUCGCCUCUUUCAGUUAAUGUUUUCAUCGUAUUAUUAUAAUAAAUAGUAACGAGUCGUUCUCAGAAGUUGUUGCAGCAGCAAUCAUCAGCUAAGCACUUUUUAGCGGACAUUGCCCUGUUGCACCUUUCUGUUUUUGCCCAUAACCUUUUGGCGCACGAGCUGCGAGGAGCGCACGGCCAGCACCGGGUGCUGCGAGGAACAAACGCAACUUUUAAACAGUUUCAUCAAAAUGACGGACGGACCGAGACAACGGAGCAGCACGACGGGGUCUGCCAAGGAUGCUGCCGGUGAGAAGGAGUCUGGAGGAGUCGCGCUCAAGAAGGAGAUCGGACUUGUGAGCGCGUGCGGGAUUAUAGUUGGAAACAUCAUUGGUUCAGGUAUCUUCGUCAGUCCGAAGGGCGUGUUGGAGAACGCCAGCUCUGUGGGCGUGGCUCUGAUCGUCUGGAUCAUCACGGGGCUCAUCACUGCCAUAGGAGCACUGUGUUACGCUGAGCUGGGCGUCACCAUUCCCAAAUCAGGAGGAGACUACUCCUAUGUGAAGGACAUCUUCGGUGGACUGGCUGGGUUUCUGAGACUGUGGAUCGCUGUUUUGGUCAUCUAUCCGACCAACCAGGCCGUCAUCGCCCUGACCUUCUCCAACUAUGUCCUCCAGCCUCUUUUUCCCACCUGCUUUCCUCCAGAAAGUGGCCUGAGGAUCCUAGCUGCCAUCUGUCUCUUGCUGCUGACAUGGAUUAAUUGCGCCAGCGUGAGGUGGGCCACCAGAGUGCAGGACAUCUUUACCGCUGGCAAGCUGCUGGCUCUUGCUCUCAUCAUCAUCAUGGGCAUCGUGCAGAUCUGCAAGGGAAACUUUUACUGGUUGGAGCCCUCCAAUGCCUUCGAGCCCUUCCAAGACUACGAUGUGGGUUUGAUAGCAUUGGCUUUCCUACAAGGCUCCUUCGCCUAUGGGGGCUGGAAUUUUCUAAACUACGUCACAGAGGAGCUGGUGGAUCCUUAUGUGAAUCUUCCACGAGCCAUCUACAUCUCCAUCCCCCUUGUCACCUUCGUCUACGUCUUCGCCAACAUCGCUUACGUCACCGCCAUGAGCCCUCAGGAGCUGCUUGCCUCCAACGCCGUUGCUGUGACAUUUGGUGAGAAGCUCUUGGGAGUCAUGGCGUGGAUCAUGCCCAUCUCCGUGGCUCUCUCCACCUUUGGGGGUGUCAACGGAUCGCUCUUCACCUCCUCACGCUUGUUCUUUGCCGGAGCCAGGGAGGGCCAUCUCCCCAGUCUGCUGGCCAUGAUUCAUGUGAAACGCUGCACACCCAUCCCUGCUCUGCUCUUCACCUGUUUUUCCACCCUGCUCAUGCUUUGCACCAGUGACAUGUACACCCUCAUCAACUACGUGGGCUUCAUCAACUACCUCUUCUACGGAGUCACUGUCGCCGGGCAGAUCGUCCUGCGGAUCAAAGAGCCCGACAUGUACCGGCCGAUCAGGAUCAGCCUGAUUUGGCCGGUUAUUUACCUCAUCUUCUGGGCCUUCCUGCUCAUCUUCUCCCUUUACUCUGAGCCCGUGGUGUGUGGCAUCGGCCUGGCCAUCAUGCUCACCGGCGUGCCCGUCUACUUCCUGGGAGUCUACUGGGACAACAAGCCAAAAUGCGUUGAUGCCUUCGUCGAUAAAAUGACGUACUUGGGUCAGAAGUUGUGCGUGGUUGUGUAUCCAGCUGAGACCGGCAGUGGGGGUGGAGAUGAAAUGAAGGAGGCCAUGUCUCCUCUGUCAAAGGAGGACAACCACAAAUCAGAAGAUUGCUAAAACAAACUCUUCAUCGUCCCUGCUCCCUCAGAAUAAACAUCCACAGAUACAUUCAUGCUCACGAGGGGACCCACACGUGCAAACACCCCCACAGGUUGUACUGAUCAACACUGUGUCUUAAACUUUAUUUGAAGUGUCUUUUCAAUCAGUGAUGUACUGUAAAAAAUGUAAAAGCACGUUUAAGUAACACGACUCAAUCUGGGGUCCAUUAAAAGUGCAAUAAUUAGCACCUUCCAGGUCCUCGGUUCAUUCAUCAGCACGCACGUUCAUCCUUUUAAUUCAUUUCUGCUUCGAUGAAUAAAAUGUAAUCUUUUUUUAUUUAUUUUCUUUUUUUUUU